AUGUCCGCGUCGACCCCUGUUAUCGUGCGGCAAGCGCCCUUCGCGCUGAACAACAGACCUGAACGCCAAAUCUUCGCUGCGUACACACCGCUAUCUGUGCACAUCGACGAUGCGAGUCCACCGUUCUUGGCAAAAGUCAACCUCACGAUUGGGGAUCCUGCUCUGAAGCUUGAUGGAACCCCACAAUUUAACUCGCUGAACGAGUUCUUCAAAGACGUGAAUGCCGUCUGUGAGCAGAUGAGGGCAGCAUUCAACUUCAAGCGUCUCCUCAUCUUCAAAGAGACACAAAAUACCAUCCAGCAAGGACAUGUUUCAGAUACAGUUGCAAAACCCGACUUGGUUGCCGGGUUCGAAGAUCAUUGGUACGAUGGUCGAGCUCCUGCCACUCAGAAGAAAUCCGAGGCCGGCAAGGGCGGCAGUGCGGACCCUCAUAAAGAGGACCUCAAGUCCCACAUGCUAUGGCCUCUCAUCAGGCUUGCCGGGGAGAUUGCUUUGUCAAGCGAAACCCAGGGAGAACAAAUCCAACAUGCUGGCACCUACCUCGACCUUCUGCUUGAGGCUCGGCCCGAUUUCAAAGCCGCCUUCGGUCUUCUGCUCAGCGAAAACAGCGUGUUCGUGCUCGUUGGGGAGACGGGUGCGGGUAUCCGCCUUUUCUCGUUUUCCUGGGGAAGCCGCGACCUGCGGACGGCGAUGCGCGCUAUGGUAUACCGACUAUACAACCCAGGGGAGUGGGCGAACACCUCUAUCGAGGCAUGCUUCAGGACAGCGUCGACCAAAGACAAGCCUCCUUCGUGUGUAUACAACCUCACUUUCCCGUGCUCGGAUUCCCAAAAGGCGCCCGUAUACAAGAAUUACUUCUGUCGAUAUGGAAAAAGUUCCUUCGGUACUCGGACGCACGUUUUCGUCCACGGUGGCCCCCAGCCUCAAACUAUCAACGGUUUUCCUCUCAGGGCCAUCAAGAUACAGCUCUGUCGCGACUCGGGUCGUUUUAACGAAAUCAUGGUGCUGAACCACAUACACAAAAAUGCCGUCCUCCCUGGGGUGAUCCGUUUGCUCUGUUCCCAUAGUUCCUCGCACCUCUUCGGACAUAGGAAAGAAAUCUGGUUGGGAUUAGACAAAGAGGGCGAACCUUUCAUGGCGAUCAAGACCGUUCGGGAGAUGCUCAUGGUGGCCUAUGAUGUCCUAGAAAUCACCCGCAUGCUCUUCGCCCGACGCAGGGUCCUGCACCGCGACAUAAGCAAAGGGAAUGUCAUGUAUAUUUCCCGGCGCACAAUGACACAGAUCAUUAAGACCAUUAAGGCCCCCGACGCGACUGCCGUAGGAAAGAAUCAAGGAGACGGUUCCUGCUACUGUUUCGUCAGGUAUUUGCUCGGCGAAAGCAUCGAUUCUAUGGAGACUUCCGCCCUGUUAAUCGAUUUCAACUAUAGUGAAAUAGUGCCUGAGGACGAGUCAACAGGGGGACAUGCGGGAACUCCCAUGUUCAUGGCCAGAGCCGUUCAAAAUGGAGAGCCGAUCAAGCUCGAGCCUUAUCACACGGUCACCUUGGUCCCGAUACCAAGCUCUGCACACUUGGGUACCUACGAGAAAAACUUCCCGGACCGCAUUUCUCGGUUCCGUGAGCUGGACAGGAAGGAGAAUAUUGAGGCAAACGAAGUCGGGGAGCCCACGCACGAGAUUCUCCUCCCCUGGAGACAACGACUGUAUCAUGAUGCCGAAUCGGUCUAUUGGCUCAUGUACUAUUGGGGCUUGCUGGCAAAGCCUUCGACCAGUAUCAAGGAGAAAGGGGCGGAAGAUUUCGACCCGGGCAUCCCUGCGAACAUCUGGACAGAAUUGCACGCGGGCCGCAAGACGCUCUCUGCUCACGCGAACGACACAUUCCAUCCCUCCUACAGCCCUCUUCUUGAUCUCUUCGUGCAAAUGAGGGCCUACCUGCUGACUGAUCCUCAUUGGUUCCCGCACGACUCUCCCAGGGCUGAGCCGGAUUACAUCCACGAAUGUUUUCAGCGGCUUAUUCUCAGAUUUCUAAAGGACAACGUCGAUAAGCCAUUCAUGGAAUUGAAGAAGUCGGAUCAUGAGCGCCUCCCCUUCGCUGUUCCCGGGAUCCCUGCUCGUUCCUCCUCGACAACUGAUACCUACCUGUCGGAUCAGCGAGCUCAAAGGCCUGAAACUCCUCCAAUCCCCCGUGAGCCGUUCGCUGUCAAUUAUGUGGCACCCCCAGUCGUGGCUGGCUUCCAAUCGACCGAUAAUACCCCGAUUCAGCGCACGAUGUCCCUCCCAGGCAAAGAGGGCGAUGAAGACAGUGUCAUUGAACAGCUUGUUUUCCCCCAAGGUUCGAGCCGCCAGGGUCCUGGUCGAUCCCAAGAGUCGAACAACGAUGAUGUCUUCACUUGA